AUGUCGAUGUUAAAAUUAAAACGUACUCCACCACAAACACCGACCUCGGCUUCUGCGCCAAAUAUUUCGGCCUUGGAGCUGGAUACUCAAGUUGCGCAAACUUCAUGUGAAAACGUUACAUUAAGGAGUUUAAAACGCUCCCGUGAUGAUUUUGCUGAAUUAAAAGAGUACUUACUUGAUAUCGUCACUGCGUCUAAGCAAGAACAGAAUGCCAAGCUUAAUACUUUAAUCAGUGCAGUAUCGGAAAUCAAGGAACAAAAUAACGAUAUACGCAACUCUGUGGAAUUUGUUUCUGCCAAGUACGACGAGUUAGCUACAAAAGUGAGCUCCCUUGAAGAAGAACGAAAACACGAUCGUGCGUACAUAAAGGAUCUUGAGACCAGAGUUGAGAUAUUGGAGCGACAAAUAAAAUCUUCAUCUUUGGAGUUACGAAAUAUUCCAUGUCAAAAAAACGAGACUAGAGAAUAUUUACUGAAUAUUGUUAAAGCUACUGGGUCAGCGUUAGACAUUCGUGUGGAGCCGUCAGACAUCAAAAAUGUGUAUAGAGUGCCUGGCAAGACUGAAGACAACAAACCAAUUGUUGCUGAGUUGAAUAGUGUCGGGUUAAAAGAUAACCUUAUCAGAGCGGUCAAAGCUCACAAUAAAAGGAAUCCCGAAAACAAGUUCUCAACCUCUAACCUGAACUUAAACGGUCCGUCUAAACCAGUAUACAUAUCUGAGAGUCUUUCUUCAAAAACCAAAAAACUAUUUUAUUUGGCCAGGUAUGCAGCAUCGGCCAACGGAUAUAAGUUCUGCUGGGUCUAUAAUGGCAAGGUCUUUCUUCGCAAAUCCGAGGGUUCACCGCAGAUACGCAUAGGGUCAGAAGAGGAUCUCAAUUGUGCAAUCACACAAUAG